GAUGCGGUUGUUUAUGUUUGGUGCAAAGGAUGACCCGCAUCUUGCAAUAGGUUCAAGGUCAGACUGGUUUAGCAGACUUGCCUUUUUAGGGAAGAGGAUACGGCCUGCAAGAGAAAAGAUGUCCAAAAUUGAACGUCUGAAUUCCCGAGUGGAAAAGCUGCUGUCUAAAGCUGUGCAGGAGGUUCUGGAGGCGGUGAAAGAGACUGUUUCAGAGUACCAGGAGAAAACCACGAGAACACAGAGAGAGAACCACAGUCUGAAGAGGAGGCUGCAGGAGCUGCAGGAGAGGUUUGACCUGGAAAGCAGCAAUGGAAUUGUGGCACAAACUUCCCCUGCGUCCCAGCAGGAUGACGCAGAGCUGCAGCUGAUGGAGCGGAAACAGAAAGAAGAGGACACUGAACUCAUCUGCUCUGAUAAGGACAUCGCAGUAAUCUGUCCCUCGUAUUCAUUUCAACACCUUAGUUGUGAAGCAUCCAUCACACCAUUGGCCACUUCCUGUCUCACCCCUACGACAGCACAACAUUCAGGUGGUGAUAAGCCGAACAAUCCAACAGCUCUUAAAACAGAGACUGAGAGGGGACUGUCAAUGUCAAACCAUGCAGGCUCUAUCACAAUUACAAUGUCUGGAAAUGAUCAUACAAUGAAAGUAGAGCCCAUGUUGGACGAAGGAGUCAUGCGCACCACAAAUGACUUUUAUGAGGAUGCUGGUGCAAGCUUCACAUCCUCACACAGACUCAACCUAGAACCUCCUCAAGCUGAUUCUGCACUCUACGGUCAAUCAGAAGAGCAACUUUCCCAAAGACACGACGAUCCAAACUGCGUUGGAGCAGAAACGCACAGAAACACCGCUCAAACAAACACAAACGCAUGCGCUUCCGGCUCGAAAGCGUUCCCGAGAAACGUCAGAAAACAAUACUGCUGCUCGCUGUGUGGUCGCACCUUCAGACACGCGGGCGACUACAAGAAACACAGCCGGGUGCACACGGGGGAGAAGCCGUACUGCUGCUCGGUGUGCGGGAAGGGCUUCAGCCAGUCGGGAUACCUGACGGUGCAUCAGCGCUACCACACCGGGGAGAAGCCGUUUGGCUGCAGUCACUGUGGGAAAAGUUUUAGUCACUCAAGUAACAUGAAGAAACACCAGCAAACUCAUCUGUGAGGCCGCUGUAUAUCUUUCUAUAAGUCAUAUCAUGUUAUUGCUGGACAGUGAAAGGGUUGCCUGUUUGUAAGCUGCUGAUAGAAUAAUAAAAGUUAAAUGUCAAGUUAUCCGUUAUGGUUCACUGAGCGUAUUGCAAUCCUAUUUAUAAAGUUUCAAGUAUCCAGCACAGUCUUAUAAUUCUGUUUUUGCCAUAAGAGCCUAAUUCAGUCCAAUUUCCAAAUCAAAUAAA